AUGGAAAUAUGGCGAUGCUUGCAGUGCGGCGGGGGCAGCGGGCGGAUUAUGCAAUGCAGCAAGGGGCACUGGAUGUGCGAGGUGUGCCAUGCAGGAUGCGGGGAAAAGUGCGGGGCAACUGCCCGCUAUGUGGCAUCAGGUUGGGUUCGAUUCGAUGUCUCCUUGCAGAAGUUCUUCGAUGUGAGCUACAUCUGGUGCACAGCCUUCUAUGGCAUCCUCGCGUGCUCUGUCACCGCCAUGCUCAUCUUGAGGAAUCCUUCACUCGGAGAUUCUCUCAUGGAUGUCGGCAAAGACAUCACGUUUCAGAUUCAGACUUCUCACUCCUGCCACUUGUCAUCCAUUGCAGGAAAGAUCCGAGCAAGCAAGAAUCGUCUCGGCAUGAUCAGCAUGUCGAUCAUCAUCGUAACCAGGAUCAUCAUCAUCAUCAUGAUCCCCAUCAUCACUCCAAACACUCUGAAAUUGUCGAGAAAGAAGACUUCAACCUUGAGCACCGGGCUGCCCUUGACUUCGGCCCCAAGGUCAUUCUUGCUGUUUUGCGUCCUGCAACUCUUGCUGUUCCUUUGCAACUUCAAUGUUGUGCACGAUUGGUGCGUUGAACAGGGAGUGGAGUUCUGCAAUGAGGUUAUGAACGAAGACCUGGUUGCUGCCAUCUACGAAAAAGUGAAUGUGGACGACCAAAGGAGGGGCGUGAAGCAACAUGCUGAAAGGGAUGUUGAGUCGCAAGAUGUAGCUCAACAAGACCUCCAGGCAAUCCCUUGUUCUCAGUUCGACUUCUUCGAUUGCCAUGGGAAUUUCGAGUUCAUGGACUGUGUGAAGAAGAGAGACGACUGUGCUGAGAAGCAGAGACAGCAGGAGAGAGUCGCCGACGACAUCUCAUGCCAGGCCUGCAGGCUCAUGGUUCCGAUCAUCCGCAAUAAGACAGUCCUGUGGCUGAAAGCUCUAGCUAAGCACAAGACCGCGUCAUCAGGGAAGAAGGCUAGGAAGAGUGGGAAGGAAACAAACUCGAGCGAUGCGCUGUCUCUCUCCAACAUCACCAGGAGAGAUUUUCUACACCUCACCAACAACAUGUGCUCCGAUCACAAGACAAAGUCUUCCUGGGUGAACCGAGUGGAGAUCGUCGGGGCCACAUUCCCCUACUCCCUGAGGAUGGCAGGGAAGCCUUCUGAUUGCGACGAGUCCUGCCAGACUGUGACCAUCGCAUGCCACAACCUCUUGAACCGCUCGAGGUGGAGCGCCGUGGCAGAAAGCAUGCUCCGAGCGCUCAAGGAAGAGUCGAUGCUCUUCCUCUCCUCCCCAGGCUUUGAGACCGCAAUUCCUUCAACCUUUGAGAGAUUGUUCUGCAAGGGUCUCUGUCAGAAUGUAUCAAACUCUUCCCAACCAGCUGGCCAGGCACCCAGUGCAAAGGUGUCGCCCGUGGCGAACAGAAGCAGCGUCGUUGAGAUGUUGGUUGUGCUCCGUCGUGGAAAUCAAACGAUCGAGUUUGCGGACCAACAAUCUCCUCAAGAUUGCUGUAUAAACGUAGAGGAAUUCUUGAGCCCUCCAAUCUGCUCUAAGCCGCCGUCGCCAGUGACAGCUGUCUGGGUUGAAGCUACACCGCAAAGUUCUUUCAUGCUGGCGAGCACGCAGAAGAAAGCUGUUGUCAGUGAUCGCAAACUUAUGUCACAAUCAUGGCACCGAGGCCUCUUGGCCUGGGGUGCGCAGUGCAAGAACAAGAGAUGCAGCUCGCAAGGUAAUGUUGCUUUCAGCGGCCAACAAGAAGUGCUUUUUGCAACGGAAUUGACUUCUGAGCUCAACAACGCAUCGUCGCUCAUCGCUCCUAUCUUUCUCUGUUCCAACAAACACCUGCCCAUCGUCAUUCACGCGUCUCGGGCAUGUACUUGCAAGAGGCCAAUGACAACCCAUAAGUUCCCUGCGACCAACCAGACUGAGUUGAAGGCGAUACUGGCAGACCUGCCUCGGGUCGACAAGAUUAGUGGCAGACUGACGGUCAAGAAAUUUCACAGAUCAGGACAAAACAACUUGAGAUUGUAUCCUGACAACAUCUAUCUGCAACUUGAGUUCUGUCCAAGGAUCCUGGAUGACAAGGCUGACAUUGUUUGCUUCCAACGAUCAGCCUCUUCGUCUUCAGUUUCGGCAUCAUGCUCCGAGAUCAUGUCAAGUCAAGUCAUCGAUCGCAUCGUUGUCUUGAACGUUGUUCUUGUUUCUCCUCACGCUGUUCCAAAGGUCAACGGGCUGGGGCGGGCCAUUGUAGUCAUCAGAGUCGCUGACUUGAAUGCUGGCCCUGAAGCUGAGAAGCAGCCGUGCAAACCAUGGAAGGACGUGUCAAACGUGUACAUGCAGCAGGUCGUGGAGAACGUCCUCGCCGGUCACAGUCGACAGCUAACAGAAAAAGAAGUUGUUGCAAACUUGCGAGAGCAAGUCGUCCGGUGA